UCAUCCCCAUCCUCGUUCUGCUCAGCCAUGGCCGAGGAGACCGCGGCUGCUCCGCUGAGCCUCCUGUCCGCCUCCGCCGCGACCAGCGGCGCCAUGUAUCUUCCCCGUUGCCCUUCUGCUCGUGCGGAGCUUCUCGUCGCCGAUGGCAGUCGUCCUCCACGCACGGCGCCUAGCUAGGCCGACCACGAGCACACAGUUCAAGCGCCUCGGAGAUCGCCGCGGACUCCACCGGAGCGCCGGGGCGUCGUUGCCCGCGGACAGCUCCACCAUGCCCGCCGCUCUGCUAUGUGAGUUCUUCCGAGUUCCCUUUGUUGAAUUCGAACAAAUUUUAACCUCCGGAUAUGGUCGAAUUUGUGCAUUUUAAGGCUGUUAUUUUGAACCUGGUGCUAAUUAAGCUCGGUCUAGCCUCCUGUAACAUGGCCUGAGAUUAGAGUAUUGUUGGUCCACCCGACUGAGUGCACCUUGGACACUAGCUACCAUCCAUGGUCUCAAGUCAAUUAUAGUACCGCACAAUGGUGUGGUGUCCAGAUGCAGGCACAUGCUUGAGACUAUAUUUAUGCACCUCAUCUCAUGUAUAGUGGAUCAUCCUUCAAAUUAUGUGCAUCCAGCGUGUAUACCCUCACAUGCGACUCCUCGCUGUUAUCAGUGUUCUUAAUUUCUUGUUUCUUUGGAUACUUGUUGAGAGUGGACAGCAAGCUAGUUGGCAUCCCUUGUUGGCUAGCUCCUGUAACAUGGAAAUGGAUAGCAUAUUCGUCCAACAUUCUACUACUACAACUCAGUUGAUCUGAACUCACUAGCUAGCAGUGUCAUACUCUUCAGUCCAGGUGUUCGCUUCCUUCAGAGUUGGGAGUUGUUGUGUUGCAGGAUCAAGCUCGCAACAAUGGCUGGAGGGGCGUUGGGCUUCUGGAAUGACUGGGCGUCCUAGAUCGGAGUUCUCUUGAGCCUCUUCUUCCAGGUCUUGCUCCAUAUCUUUGCCAACAUCCGUCGGUGUAAAGACGACUCAUAUUGGCUGAGGUUCCACCUCUGGGUGGCGUACCAGCUGUCUGACUCCACUGCGACAUACGCCGCCGGCCAGCUCCUCUUCAGAGGCGCAACAAAAGACCACCACCUCAUUGCCUUCUGGGUGCCGUUCCUCCUGCUACAUCUCGGAGGCCCGGAUAACAUCACCUCCUACGCCCUCGAGGAUAGCAAGCUCUGGGGGCGCCACUUGCUAAGCCUUCUGGUGCAGGUCCUGGGAGCUGGAUAUGUCCUUUACAGGCAUAUCAUCGGCAGCGGGACCUUGCUCAUGGUGGCUGUCUUCUUGAUAUCUGUUGUUGGUGUUGUAAAGUAUGCGGAGAGGACAUGGGCGCUCCGGUCCGCCAAGUUCAGCAACCUCCAGAGCUCUCUCAUGGUACGGACACAUGACAUGCAUCACCAGCAAUUUUAUACUGAGCAUCAAGACUGGUACAAUGAUGGCGACCCAGUCCUGCAGCAUGCUCACUCCCUGUUUCAUAUCUGCAAGCGUGGGAUAGUUGAUUGCGUGAUCGCAGUGGAUGACUCAGAUAGCGAGAAUGAGGUGGAUUCUCAGUACAUCAAAAUAAUCCAGGGCCUUUUGAAAGACCGUGAACAAAUGUGGAGGGUGAUGGAGAUGGAGCUCUCCCUCAUGUAUGAUAUCCUGUACACUAAGGCAAGUGCGGUCCACUGUUGGUUUGGCUACUGCAUCCGUGUCAUCGCACCACUUGCCAUUGCCACCUCUCUCGUGUUGUUCCAGUUGAGAAGCAAAGAUGAUUACAGCCUAGUCGAUGUUGUCAUCACGUACAUCUUGUUGGGUGGCGCCUUGGUCCUGGAGACGAAAUCGCUCCUUGUCGCACUAGGGUCAAGCUGGGUGUUUGCCUUCUUGUGUGCCACACAAUGGGAUUGGCUCCGGCAUUCUGCUCUGUGCGCUGGAAGAUGGCAGCAGCUUCGGCACACACUUUUUUCUCUCCGCCGGUCCUGGCCUGGCAAGAUGAUCAUGACAGCAAGUUCGAGGAGGUGGUCAGGCACCAUGGGGCAGCGCAACAUGUUAAGGUCUUGUGCCAGACAUGCGGAUCCGACGAGUCAACACCUCAGCAAUCUGUCCAAGAUGCUGAGCCUUGGUAAGUGGUGGGACAGGAGGUACUUGUGGACCAUCGAUGUCUCCGAGAAGGUCAAGAAGUGUGCACAGAGUGUCACAUCAAAAGAUAUGAACACAAUGGGCUUGCUCAGGACUAGAUGGGGUGAACGGGCACUGAAUGAGGAGGACUACCCUGGGCUGUUGAAGGAGUUGGAGGGUUAUCAUGGAGUUGACUUCCAUGAGAGUGUCAUCAGCUGGCACAUCGCCACCGACUUGAUCCUUGCUAAAAUAGACCGAAGGGGUGAUCAUGUGUCUGACAACCAUGUGGAGCUAGUCAGCGUAAUGUCCAACUACAUGAUGUUCCUCCUCAUGGACUCCCCCGACAUGCUACCAGGCCUUCCCCAAAACUGGUUGUAUGAGCAAACCUGCAUACAACUGAAGAAGAUAUGCACUAAACACAUUGGUGGCUCACCUGGUAAGAGCUUCUGGACUGUGCUCAAGAACUUGUUCCGACCACACCAUCACCGUGGCUGGAAACCUUCUGAGCUUGAGAAGGAGAUCGCCAUUGACAUACUGAGCGAGUUUGAACUCUCCAACGUCAGCAAUCCUCGGCUCACUUAUGCGCGCGUUAUUGCUGACAAACUGCUUCAUAGGAAGGAAGAUGUGGUUUUUGCGCUACUAUUGCUGUGGGUAGACUUCCUGUCCUACGCAGCCAACCGGUGCAACAGGGAGGCGCAUGCGAGGAAUCUCGGCAGUGGCAGUGAGUUGCUGACCGUCAUGUGGCUUUAUCUAGAACACCUCCACCAAGUAAAAGAAAGAAAUUACAGAUCCUUGUAUAAUUCACUGUACUAAUGAAUGUGCAGAAAUAUCUUCACUUUCUGUAUUUUGUAAACUUAUCUUUCUUCAGUUCAGUUCAGUACGCUUUGUUCUCGCUCA